AUGACAGUGAAAAUAAUACUGUUUGGCAAUCGUUCGACCAUCCAACGGACACUGCUCCCAGGGCAGAAACUGGUUCCAGGGCAGAAGCUGGUGGCUAGUGUUUCAGAAACCAAUUUGUCUGAAGGAGAUUUCUAUUUUUCUUUGACAUCUGAAGGUCUGUUUGCUUUUUACCAAUCUGAUGAAUUAAAUUAUUUGAGUUAUUUUUUCUCGGAACACAUUAAAGGAUUUGACUCCGUGGAAAGCAUGCAACUAACUGAUAAAAGUAAAUUUUCUGUGCGAGCUAUGGCUAUUGACGGCCGAAAGAUAUCUUACACUUUCCCAAGGUUUCCUAAAUAUACUAAUUAUACUAAAUAUACUAAUAAUACACUGGUGAAAUUCGAUCCUGAUGGGCAUCUCAGACUUUAUGAUGAUGAUAAUUCCAACUCGACCGACCUGUUGAUGGAUUAUGUCAGUGAAUGUGCUUAUCCAACAGUUUGUGGUAAUUACAGCCUCUGCUCAAAUGGAAAGUGUUCGUGCCUUCCCGGGUUUGUUCAAGAUGAUGUCUCUGAAGCCCAAGGCAAUUUCAGAUGCAAAGAGAUAAGUCCGACCACUUGUGAAAAUCCCUUAUCCCACUCAAUUCUUCCCGUCAAAGGUAUCUAUUAUUCCAAUAGUAAAGGUGGAAUUCUGAAGGAAACAAACAUGGAGGAUUGUAAACGGACGUGUUUGAACACCUGUUCAUGCAAAGUUGCUGUGUUUCAGUACGACGAUAGCAAUGUUUCACAUGGGGAUUGUCUCUUGCCUUCACCAGUUUUUUCACUUACAGAUUCACCAUUUGUUUCACUUACAUAUAAAGGAAAUGAAGUAUAUACAAGUGGCCAAUUUCAAACGGUAAGCUCAUUUGCCCUCAUCAAAAUUUCAAAUGAUAGUGGGAGUGGAGGAGGAUCUGAUGUAGUUUUGACUCCUGAAGAACAUAGAGGAGGAUCUGAUGCAGUUUCGACUUCUGAAGAACAUAGAAGAGGAUCUGCUAGAAGAAAAAUUAUAGCAGGAAUAACUGCAGUAACCUUUCUACUGGUGGGUCUGACUGUUGGCUUUUCUUGGAUAGUUGUUUUUGAAGAAGAAAUCUGA